GGGCACCGAUGCAUCGUUUUUGUUUACGUCGAUCGGUACAUUCGCUUCCCCCGCCGAGAGAGCAUCGGGAAACUCCAGCGCUCCAGUUUUCCGCCUUUUUCAACCCUUCCUGUGCAUCUUUCCGUCUGAUGACAUCCUCCCAGGAUGCGUGCUACAUAUCCCUGCUGGGACUGGCGGAAUACUUUCGCACUUCGACUCCGCCGGAUAUCAAGAAGUGCAUCCAGUGCCUGCAGGCGUUGUUUACGUUCAAGCCACCGCUGAAGGUGGAAGCCCGAACGCACCUGCAGCUCGGCCAGAUACUGAUGGCGUACACGAAGAACACGGACCUUGCCAAGAACCAUCUCGAGCAGGCGUGGAUCCUUUCGGAAAACAUUAACAACUUUGACGAUGUUAAGUUCGACACGGCCAGUUUGUUGGCGCAGUUGUACCAGCAGCAGGACCAAAGCUCGCUCGCCAAACCGGUGCUCAGGAAAGCGAUCGAAUUGUCCCAGCACAACGUGUACUGGCACUGUAAGCUGCUGUUCCAGCUCGCGCAAACGCAUGCCACAGACAAAGAGUACACGCUGGCCUCGGAGCUGCUGGCGGUGGGUGUGGAAUCGACGGACGAAUCGAACGCGACCUAUCUGAAAUCGUUGUUCCUGCUCAGCCGGGCCAUGAUCAUGAUGAUCGAACGGAAAACGAACGACGUGCUGGCGAUCCUGAACCAGGCCAGCCCCAUCAUCGACCAUUCGAUCCAGAACGUUCACCUGAAGGAGUACUUGAAGGUGUUCUUUUACGUGCUGCAAGUGUGUCACUACCUGCAGCUGGGCCAGGUGAAAACGGUAAAGACGAGCCUGAAAAUGCUGCAGCAAAGCAUCCAGACGAUCAUUGCACCGAACUGGCCAUCGGACGAGCAAAUAUUCGGCCAGAACAACACGGAAAUGUUCAUGUGGUUGCCGAAGGAGCAGCUGUACGUGCUGGUGUAUCUUGUCACCGUUUCACACUCGAUGAUGGCUGGCUACAUGGACAAGGCACAGAAGUACACCGAAAAAGCACUGACGCAAAUCGAGAAGCUGAAAUCUCAAGAAAACAAACCAAUUCUGGCGGUGUUUCAGAUCAUCCUGCUCGAACACAUCAUCAUGUGCCGGCUGGUGAUGGGCAACAAAUCGCUAGCGAUCAAGGAGAUCGCCCUGGCCAAGGAUGUGUGCCUGUCGUCGACGAACAAGUUUCUGCUGAAGAAGCAUGCACCGCAGCUGCACUGCCUGCUGGGCCUGUACGCCAUGUCCACCAGUUUGUUCGAGCACGCGGAGAAGCAAUUUUACGCCUGCAUUCAGGAAACGACCGAACGGGAGCUGAAACUGUUCGCCAACCUGAACCUUGCCAUCGUGUACUUGCGCACGAAACGUGAGCAAGAUUUGCGCAACAUCCUCGAGCAGAUACAGCAGGAAAAUUCCCAGUGCUCCAACAGCCAGGCACUGAUGGGCAGUUUCUACUACGUGCAGGGGUUGAAUGCAUUCCACAAGAGCAGCUUCCAUGAGGCCAAACGUUUUCUGCGCGAAACCCUCAAGAUGGCCAACGCGGAAGACCUGAACCGGCUGACGUCCUGCUCGCUCGUGCUGCUGAGCCACGUGUUCCUUAGCAUUGGCAACUCGAAGGAAAGCAUGAACAUGGUCACGCCGGCAAUGCAGCUGGCGUCCAAAAUACCGGACAUUCACGUGCAGCUGUGGGGCAGUGCCAUACUGAAGGAUCUGCAUCGGAUGCUGAAGGAACCGACGCAGGAGAUCGAAGCGUACAACAAUCACGUCCACUUCUCCCAGAACCUGAUCGCCGACCAGCUCAAGUGUACCAAGUUUCCCGAGCACGCACUGAUCAACUGGUUCCAGGGCGAUCCACCGCUUCCGAUGCUGUCGCAGGACCUGCUUCUGCAACCGACGGCCGCGACCAUUGUCGCACCGACCGUUGCGGUAGCGUCCGGCUCUGGUGUGCCACUAGUGGUGCAGCAGCAGCAGCAGCAGCAACAACAGCAGGGCGGAACGUUUGUACGAUUACCGGGCACACUUAACCAGCAAGUUAUGUUCCAGUAGGAUGUAACCUGUGUGUGGAGCGAGACUUGGCGGUUGUGUAUAAAUUACAUUUGGAAGGUUUAGCAACAAAUCUCGUUCACGCGUUGAAGAGAUAUCGAUUGUGUGUUUGUGUGUUCGUGUGCGUGUGUUCGUGUGUGCGUGAGUGACGACGAUGGUUGUAAGCUGCUGUAAAAUGGAAAGUAAGAUUAAAUAAAGUUUUAACUGAAA